CUACUCCAGGUGCAUACCCAUAUGUUAGUAACCAGGGAUAGGAAUAGUUGCUUUCAGUGUUCCCUCUAAGGUGUGCGCACAUGCCUGUGCUCACAAGUUUUUUUUAAAUGUCUGCUCAGUUAAUUUUAGAUCCUGCUCAGGUUGAAUCAGGAAGGUCCCAUUCUGAAUGCACAUACUGCCGCCCAGGACAUACCUCAUUCCACACACAGAUGAAAAAAAUGAGAGAACACUGGUUGCUUUUGAUUAAGUUAAUACAGGCAAGAGAAUUAUAUUAGAAAGGGAGUGUUAAGGGAUAAGGGUCUAUCUAUUCAUAGAAUGAAGUGGGUGUCUCACAAUUAAUAUUUAUACCCUGCCCCUGCAACACAUUACUGUUUGGGGCCAUCAAAUAAAACAAGCAAGUGCCCUUUAUCAAUAUGCCUUGUGAGAGGCCCUAUUUACUGCCUUUAUAGAUCUAAAGUAUGCAUUCAACCUUAUCUCUAGAGAUAAGUUGUGGGAAAAGCUUGCCCUGUCUUCUAUAGAUAGGAGACUUCUUUACCUCCUGUUUAAGUUACAUGAGGAUAGUCACUUAAGGUGAGAUUAAAUCACAAGGGCCAAGUAACUAGUUUGAUCCCCACGAGGUGAGGAGUAAGGCAAGGGUGCAUUUUGGCGCCCACGCUCUUUAACUAUUAUAUUAACAGCGUAGUCCCUUAUAUGAGGAAGCUGGAGUUCCAUCCCCCGAAGCUCGCAGGUAAACAUGUAAAUAUUCUUUUAUAUGCGGAUAAUGCCGCUCUGGUUUCGAGGACUCAGAUUGGCCUUAAAAGAGCUUUGGAGGCGUUAGUAGAAUACUGUGAGACACAAGACCUUACUUUAAACUAUGAUAAAACUAAAAUCAUGGUAUUUUCAAACAGACCUAAAAUCUUUUCCUGGACUCUUAAUGGCCACAAAUUAGAACAGGUUAUGCAGUUUAAAUAUCUUGGUACAGCCCUUCAGGCAAAUAAGACCAAUAAUGCCCAUAGGGAUUAUAUAACGCAGAACGCCCCAAAAGUAGCUUCGACACUCUGUUCUUUACAUCUUCAGAAACGAGCACAAUCAGUACAGGUGGUUUUUGAACUGUUUAGGGCUAAGGCCCUUGCCCUGUUGCUGGUUGGGGCACAGUUGGGCCCUUAUGCGGAUAUACGGAAGGUAGAAGCGAUUCAAUCUAAAUUCCUUAGGGGUAUGUUGAGGGUAGCUCGUUCGGCUCCCAAUGCUCGUCUUAGAUUAGAAGUGGGGUGGCUUCCUGUCGAAGCCAGAAUCUGGAAAGCCAUUUUUGGCUAUUGGCUUAAAUUGGUUUUUUUCCCCAGCUGGCCUCGCCCCACUGGUUCUGCUGGAUGAUUAUAAGACCAGAUGGAAAAGUGCAAUUGACAGGAAAUUAAGCUGGUUGGGGUUUUCACUUCCGGCAGUAAGGGAGUUAGGGUUUACCAAGGCCAGAGAUAUUAUAAACCAGCGUAUAAGUGACAUAGCCAGACAGAGCGAUAUCAGUAAAGUGGGGUAUGGAGUACGGAUGGGAACCCAAAAAUAGACAAUGUUUGGCACAAUACUUACGAAAGAUAACUUACGUGGAGCAUCGUAGGGCCUUAACAGCGGCUAGGCUGAAUGUGUUGCAGUCGGUGGUGAUGGAAGGGCAAUUUCAUAAGGUUCCCUAUAACCAGAGAUUAUGUCCAUGUUUGGCAGAAGUGGAAUCUACUGAGCAUAUAUUGUUGAAAUGUAGUUUCUAUAGGGAUCUCAGAGAAGAGUUAAUUACCCCUGUAUUAAGUCAGUUUGGGUCAGCUUCAGAGCAAUCCCCUUUCCUGUACUUUUAAAGACUGGGAGUGGGUGACCUCUCCAGCCAAGGCCUGUCAGUGCCAUGCUGCAGUGGAACUAGAGAUUCAGCAUUUAUAACUAGUCUUUGAGCCAUGGCUGCUCACAAUCCAAUAAAGCAGCUCCAGGAGGAAGCAACAUGUGGUAUUUGCUUAGGGUAUUUUGUAAACCCAGUCAGUCUAGACUGUGGGCACUACUUCUGCUCCCUCUGCCUUGUCCGAAACUGGGCAGGAGCUUUGGUUAAUGUGGACUGCCCUCAGUACAGAAGCAAAACCUGCUCAGUCAAUUUCAAACAAGACAUGGCCAUGACCCACAUUACAGAAUCAACUAGACAGCUGUGUGAUCCAUCGCCAGCAACAGAGGCGAGAGUCUGUGAGGAGCACCAGGAGCCCUGCCAGCUCUUCUGUCUGCAGGAUCGAGUCCUCAUCUGCUCAGUUUGUGGGCAGUCUGGGGAACACCAGGCGCACCACGUGGCUUCUGUGGAGGAAGCUGCCCAAGCAUACAAGCUGCAGAUGUAUAUCUGUCUGAAAAAUCUAAUACAGGCAAGAGAAGAGAUUACGCAUCAAAAAAAAAAAAAAAAAAAAAAAAGCCUUGUGAAUGGAUAGGGCUUUUACUGUGAGCCAAGAGUAUCUGUCACAGCAGCAGGAGGAGGGAGAUGCAUAGUGAGAAACUAUCAGCUCUCUGCCUGGCAUGAUUAAGGGUGGGGCUCAAUUUGGAGGAUUUGCCAAACCUGACUUCAGGCCAACAUAUUUUCCUGGGUUGGGUGUAACCUAUGCCUCCCCACCACCCCGUAAACAGUUGUGAAACUCCAGGAAGAAUGAAUAAGUACUAUGUCUAGAGAGAAGCAGAAAGAAGUCACUGCUUUUCAUCCAGAGUACAUUAAGCUUGUCUAACUCAGCGCUAACUUGCAGACCUCUUCAUCUACUUCAAAAGGGCACUUCCCUUUUUAAGCCCUUUUGUACAAAGCUACUUACCCCAAUAAAGCAACUGAACCUUACAGUGAGGGGUGGACGAGGCAUACGUGCAACAUUCAAGGGGAGUAGGGAGACCCCGGGCAGAAGAACGUCUUUUCACCAAGGCUUGACUGUACUGUGUCACACUCAAAUUCUUCUCCAUUGGAGAAUAUAGAACACAUCUAACACUACUGUUGUAUGUAUUGCACACACUGUGUGGAGUACUUGGCCAAUUCAGUCACUUUUUAUGUGGGAAAGUCUAUAUCCAUCAAGGCCAGAGAUGCUAUGACAUUGUUAGAACUAAGCAUUGCCUAGAUGGGAAACUGUUCAGGAGACUCACAUAACCCCCCAGCAGCAAGGUAAUAGAUUCAGAAUUAAAUCCUUAACGCUGAACUUGGUUCUUCAAGGCAUGUCAUAUCUAAAUCUACCCAACAAGGCUAUUGCACAGCUAAAAAUGCCACUCAUCAUUGGUGGUGAAUACAAUCUAUUUCUGUUGUAUGCAGAACUGAGUAGAUAUUUAAGAGUUUGGUAGGUUCCCUCCCUCACCCCAACCCAGGAACAUGUUCAGCAGAGAAUCUGCAGAAUUAGGUGCAUGUACAGAGUUACAUAUAGUCACUUUUUCAAAGUUCACUUGAAGUCUUACUCUUGCUUUAUAGCCUCACCCUACUUUUGUAGCAAAGCAAAUGGAGGAAAGGGGAAGACACUAUGUGCAAAUUUGUAUCAGUUUGAUUGCAUUAUUUGUUUCCUUGACAUGGGAUCUGUGAUGUUCAGUGUAUUUAAUACUGCUCUGUAUUUAAGCGUAGUGGAAAAGACACUUGUUGCAACCAAGGCUCAUGCCUUCUUUGCCCAGUAACUCAGUAGUUUAAAGUAUCCCCGUGGUGCAACAUGGUUUCAGAGUUGCUCAGCCUGACGUGCUAGGAAAACGCUUCCUUUCUGUCUCUUUCGAGACUGGCAGGGAGAAGGAGCCAAGCAGCAAUGUCAUUAGGUGGGGCUACUUUAUGAGAAUGAAGCAGGCAUAACUCUAGCAAGGAAGAGGCAUACUACAGGAAUUCAGCU